UGCCCCAGCGCGGGUAGGCAGCCCGAGAGUGCAGCACCUGCGGCAGUAUCCCACUCCUCUCCCACUCUCUAGGUACAACUACUCCAACUUGCGCCAUGUUCGAGGGACGACAUGCAGCAGACCGCUAUCAGCUGCGGCUUCAUCGGGCGCGCAGUGUAGUGCUGACCAGCGCUGAGUUGGUGGAGAUUCGCGCUGCACAGAGAACAUUCGAGGGUGCAUAUAUUCGAACCGCCAUCGGGCAGUUCUCGUUCGCCCUCAUAGUGUUGAAGAUCUUCACCUCAGAGUUCUAUUCAAUAGGCGCUCUGUUUGCUGUGUAUGGAGCGGGCGUGUUGUUCACCAGCCUGUUCCGGCGACAGCAAGGGAACAAGCAGUUCUUCUCCGAAGUGGGCGAAGACGGGUUGCACCGCAAGAAAUUCAGGACCAGCGGCAAUGUGGUAUCCGUCUUGACCGCUCUCAGCAUCGCUGCCUACAUUUGUCUGCUGAUCCUCACUCUAAGGCUCGCGACCUAAUCCGGAAGUGCAUCGCUGGAAGCUGCCCCCCGGUGGACCCUCUAUUCCUCGACGUGUCUCGGCCUCACGUUUUGCUU